GCUUAGCCGCGGAGCCGCCUCGCUCAGGGUCAUGGGCCGGCCGUUCCCAGUGGGUGAUUGGGGAGGGCUCUCCCGCGCUGUCCGCCGGCCACCUGGGGGCUUCGCCGCCGAGAGAUGGUGGUGCAGCAGAUAAGAUUAAUUUAAUACCUCAAGACUUUUUUGCAGAACUGUGUGAACAAAUAAUUCAACAUCUGAACCAUAAGAUCCCUGGUGUAAAUACAGCUGAACUAUGUCAGAGAAUUCAAACAUCUGGGAUUGAAAUUGGUAUUGGUGACCUGGCAAAAAUAGCUAACAUUGUUUCAUUUCUAUUUAGCACAGCAGCCAGAAACCAUCUCUCUACGGAAGAACUCAUGACCACCUUGGGCAAUGCAGUCAGCGCGCUGCCGAAACACGCACUUCAGGUCAUUCGUCAUGUGUGGAAUGAGCAGGGCAAAUCCGUUAGUGUGUCAGAAGAUGCAGGAAAUAUGGCCACGGUGGGGCAGUUUGUAGACAUUAAAUGGAAACUGGGAGUUGCAAUGAGCUCUGACACAUGCAGGUCUCUGAAGUAUCCUUAUGUUACGGUGACACUAACAGUUGCAGACCCUUCAGGACAAGUAACAGACAAAACUUUUGAAAUGACGAUCCCACAGUUCAAGAACUUCUUCAGACAGUUCAAGGAAAUGGCAGCUGUUCUUGAAACAGUUUGA